GCGCCCGGUCAACGACGCCUACCUCGGCGCCAAGAUCUAUGGCGCCGAGGUACGUUCCUAUAAAUAGUACCCUACGUCUGGCUUGUUGCUGUGCUCAUUUCAAUUCUUCUAAACUAGAGAUGUCUAGGCGUGGUAAAUAUGCUAAACAAAGGAAGGGUCCUUUGACCGGAACUGCCUUCGACCCGCUGCCUUUGCCAAGUGGUGUUCCAGUGCCUAUGUGUUUUUGUGGUGAUCCUUGUAAGGUCGAUAAGUCUGAAGAUCAUGACACCUAUCGACAGAGGUAUUGGAUGUGUGCUAACUUUGCAUUUGAGCCAACUGUUGUUCAACGUCGGAUGAAUUUAAUGACUCCUCCACCGCUAUGUGAUUUUGAGCAGUGGAUUGACACCGAAAUAUCAGAGAAAGAUAAGAAGUGGCUGGAGAAUCUUCAAAAGUGGGAUGCAGAGGACAAAGAGAGGAUGAAAAAAAGACGAGAGGAGCUUGCUGCCGAGCAACAACGUGAAGACGAAGAGAAAAUGAGGCGUGUUGCUGAAUGCAGGGAAGAUAAGGAGAAGAAGCUUGAGCGUGCACGUCGUGCAAAGGAAGCAAUGGAGGAGAACCCUGAUGCAUUUCGCAAAGGCAAAUGGCCCCGUUGUACUCAGUAGUAUUGGUGUUUUAUUUGAAGUUAUGUAAUAAUGAACUUAUUAUUCGGUAAUAUGUAUUGUCGAACAAUGAUAUUUCGUAA